CAAGUCCUGGACCAGAAGGACUAAUGUGAGGGGAGGGAGCGACGGUUUUCUGGGGGGCACAGCAGGACCCCCAUAAAGAGCAACGUCCAUGAGGAAGUUGCGGCCUCCUGGUGGUCCUCAAUCCCGCACCCCCGAAGGGGCUGUCUCGCUGGGCGUGAGGACAGGAUCCUGGUGCCGCAGCUUGUGUACCCAAACACCCCCCAACACCUGCCCUUUCCUGACCACAUCGGAGGCCCAGGCUGCCCCAAGCUCCCACUGCGACUACAUCCUAGGCUUGGCCGGGCCCCCACCAAACCUCACCCUGACAGGAGGCAGCCUAAGCCCUCCAAGGUUGUCAGUUGACCUCAGUUUCAGGUGGAGAGAAUGCUCAGUAGCCGGUUGAGCUGAGGGAGGCUGACUCCCUACCGUUCCGAUCUCCUUGGGGGGGGGUACCUGUUUGGGGUACCUAGGGCACCUGGGGUAGGGAAGGUCCAGGAGGGCCCAGACAGCCUUCUCCCUGCACCACACCAGACACCAUACUUCUGGACCAGCACCCUGUGGCCAGCUGCAGAGCUGGACUAUGCCAUCUACGUGACCAAGAAGAACAUCCGAAAGCAGGGGGCCCUCAUGGACCAUGAGAAGGCGCACCAUGACCAGCUGCACAGGAAGAUCAACCACAUGUGGGACCUGGUGGUGACACAGGCCCGAGAGCAGCUGCGGGCGGCUAAGCAGCGCAGGAAAGGGGACAGGUUGGUCGCUGCAUGCGAGGAGCAGACAUACCGGCUGGUGAACAGACCCCCGCCUGGGGUUCGUAAUGUGCUGGAGCAGGGUCCAGAGAGAGGCUCCUGCACUGCCGGCCGAGUGCAGACAAGCUCUGACUUCUAUAAGCGGGAGAUUGAGUUCUCCAGGAAGGCACUGGGCAGGACCCGAGUAAAAUCCUCCAUCUGCCUUGAGGCCCCUGUGGCCCCCAGGUACCUGAAGUUCAGCAACCAGCAUAGCGCGCAUGACCCCAUCAUAUCGGAGUGCUUUCCCAGCAACCCCUGGAUCACAGAUGAUGACACCUAGUGGGCCAUGAAUGCACCCAGCGUGGCUGUGCCCACAAAGCUCCGCGUGGAGCGGUGGGGCUUCAGCUUCCGGGAGCUUCUGGAUGACCCUGUGGGCAGGACGCAUUUCAUGGACUUCCUCCAGAAGGAGUUCAGUGCGGAAAAUCUCAGCUUCUGGGAGGUGCGCGAGGAGCUGCGCUGUGGAGGGCAGGCCCAGGUCCCUGCCCUGGUGCACGCCGUGUACCAGCAGUUCCUGGCCCCUGGCGCUGCCCGCUGGGUCAACAUUGACAGCCGGACGAUGGAGCGAACCCUAGAGGGCCUGCGCCAGCCCCACUGCUACGUGUUGCACGAUGCACAAUUACACAUCUACACGCUCAUGAAGAAGGACUCCUACCCUAGGUUCCUCAAGUCUAACAUGUACAAGGGCUUGCUGGCAGAGGCCGCGAUCCCAUUGGAGACAAAGAGACGAGUUCCCAUUUAUGCGGAAGCCUCGGCAUUCAAGCCCCAGCCCAGCUCUUCGUCCCACCUCUGGGGAACCUCCAACCACCAGCCGUGCUGCAGAUGUAAAGGCUGCCCCUUCCGGGAAGGGAAUGGCCCAGCUGCUGAGUCACAGGGAGGGGCUUUUAUCGGCCAGAGGAUCUAUUGCUGGCAGGAUGGUAAGGCCAAGGCACACGCACUUAUCCAUGGACAUGUGCAGGUCUCUGGGCAGCCUGCCCCGUCCAGGAGAGCGCCACAUCGCCCCCGGGACCCGGGUCCUGCCGAGGCACUCGGGGUGGCUGCACACUCAUCAGGAGCCUGUGCCCGGCAGGCGCUCUCUCCCUGUACACCCCUCGUACCCAUCCAGCAUCCAUCUGAGCCGCAGCUUCCCCACCGGAUUUGUGCACAGACGACUGCACCUUGUUGCCCUAACUGUGAGGCUCCAGGUCCCUGCAGGGAAGGUCUUUGCCAGGGUGGCAGAGCCAGAAUCCUGUCUUCUUACCCAACCUUUCCUGGGGGGCACCAGCAUCCCUGGCGCUGCCUGCGUGUCCUCUAUUCUUCUAGACUAGAUGAAGUUACAGGCCAGCUUCUUUUGGGGUCCACCUCAACCACAGGGAUGCCUCUGGCACAGAAGUAACACCCUCCCACAUCUGCUUCUGGCAUAGAAAUAAAAGACUCUUGGCCCUCGCCCUGAGCCCAUUCUGCUUCGGGUCCAGUUGG